AUGGCGCUGCAUGUACCAAAAGCACCCGGCUUCGCCUCUAUGUUAAAAGAAGGCGCUAGGCACUAUAUGGGCCUAGAAGAAGCCAUCUAUAGAAACAUUGAUGCUUGUAAGGAGAUAGCUAAAACAACAAGGUCUGCUUAUGGACCACAUGGUCAGAAUAAAAUGAUCAUCAACCAUAUUGAGAAAUUGUUUGUUACAAAUGAUGCAGCUACUAUUUUGAAUGAACUCUGUGUUCAGCAUCCAGCUGCAAAAAUGCUGGUUAUGGCAAGCCAGCAGCAGGAGCAAGAAUGUGGAGAUGGAACCAAUGCAGUCUUGAUUUUGGCUGGAGCUCUGCUUGAACAUGCUGAAGAACUUCUUCGCAUGGGUUUGUCUGUUCCUGAAGUCAUUGCAGGCUACGAAUCUGCUUGUUCUAAAGCACAAGAAAUUCUUCCUGAUCUGGUGGUUGGACAAGUGAAAGAUCUUAGAAACAAAGAAGAAGUGAAGAAGAUAAUCCGCUCAGCUGUAAUGAGCAAGCAAUAUGGCUCCGAAGAUUUUAUUGCUGAAUUAAUUACUGAUGCUUGCACUGGAAUUCUCACUCAAAAGAAUGCCUUCAAUGUUGAUAAUGUAAGAGUUUGCAAAAUUUUGGGUUCAGGUUUGAUGAAUUCUACUGUACUUCAAGGCAUGGUAUUCAAGCGUUCGGUUGAAGGAACUGUCACUAAAUCUGAUAAAAGCAAUAUUGCCAUUUUCUCUUGCCCAUUGGACUCUCUACAAACAGAAACUAAGGGAACUGUUUUGAUAAAAACUGCAGAAGAGUUGAUGAAUUUUAGCAAAGGAGAAGAAGAUCAAAUGGAUAAACACAUAAAAGCUCUUGCUGAUGCUGGCUGUAAUGUUCUUGUCACUGGAGGCAAGGUUGGCGAACUUGCCCUUCAUUACUGCAACAAAUACAAUCUCUUAAUUGUCCGUGUCAUGUCUAAAUUUGAUCUCAGGAGAUUAGCACGCUCUGUAUCUGCUACUGUUCUGCCUAAGAUUACUGUACCCACAGCUGAGGAAAUGGGAUACUGUGAUCAUGUAUAUGUGGAUGAAAUUGGUGAAACUUCAGUUGUGAUAUUUAAGCAAGAUAAAGAAGAGACAAUUAUUUCCACAAUAGUAAUUCGUGGUUCUUCAGAGAACAUAAUGGAUGACAUGGAACGUGCUAUUGAUGAUGGUGUGAACACUUUUAAGGCUAUGACUCGAGAUAGUCGUUUAGUCGCUGGUGCUGGAGCCACUGAAAUUGAAUUAGCAAAAAGAAUUACCACAUUUGGAGAAAGUGCUCCUGGAUUAGAACAAUAUGGUAUCAAAAAAUUUGCUCAAGCACUUGAAGUUCUACCACAAGCCAUUGCUGAGAACACUGGUGCUAAGAGUCGAGAAGUAUUGUCAAAACUUUAUGCACGUCAUCAAAAAGGAGAACAAAAUAUAGGUGUCAAUAUUGAGGAAGUUGGCACUGUUAUGGAUGCUGUAGAAAAUAAUAUCUUGGAUCUCUAUUCUAAGUUGCUUUGGAUUUUUAAAUUUGCAACAUCUGCUGCUUGUACUGUUCUUAGUGUUGACCAGAUCAUUAUGGCCAAACCUGCCGGUGGACCAAAAGCUCGUGAAAACAAGGAUUGGGAUGAAGAUUAA